AUGUCUACCUUCACCCACAACUUUGAUACCCCCGUCUACAAGGCCAAGAUCUCCUUCCCCACCGGCGUCUUCAUCGACGGCAAGUUUUCUCAGGGAAGCACCGGGAAAACCCUCGACGUCAUCAACCCCACCAACGGCAAGGUCAUCACCUCCGUCGACGAGGCUACCGCCGCCGAUGUCGACCGUGCAGUCGUCGCUGCCCACAAGGCUUUCAACACCACAUGGGGUCUCCAUGCGCCGGGUGCUACCCGCGCCGCCCUGCUCAACAAGCUCGGCAACCUCAUGGUCGAGCACUACGACGAGCUUGCCGCCAUCGAAGCUCUCGACAACGGCAAGACGUUUGGUUGGGCCAAGGCUGCCGAUCUGAGCUUGGCCGUCGAGACCAUCAAGUACUACGCCGGCUGGGCUGACAAGAUCCAGGGCAACGUGAUCGAGACCACCGAGGACAAGCUGGCCUACACCCGCCACGAGCCGAUCGGUGUCGUGGGCCAGAUCCUUCCGUGGAACUUCCCUCUGAUGUUGAUGUGCUGGAAACUCGGCCCCGCCCUCGCCACCGGCAACUGUGUCGUCAUCAAGCCCUCCGAGUUCACCCCGCUCACCGCCCUCCGCAUGGCGUCCCUUAUCAACGAGGCCGGCUUCCCUCCCGGUGUCGUCAACAUCCUUGUCGGCUACGGCACCACCGUCGGCGUCGCCAUCUCCGCCCACAUGGACAUCGAGAAGAUCUCUUUCACCGGCAGCACCCUCGUCGGCCGCAAGGUCAUGGAGGCAGCCGCGAAUAGCAACUUGAAGGACACCACCCUCGAGCUCGGGGGCAAGAGCCCCAACAUCAUCUUCAACGACGCCGACCUCGACCUCGCCGUCAACUGGUCCUCUCACGGCAUCUUCUGGAACCACGGUCAGGCUUGCUGCGCCGGUUCGCGCAUCUUCGUGCAGUCGGGCAUCUACGACGAGUUCCUCAAGCGGUUCACGGAAAAAGCCCAGUCGCUCAAGCUCGGCGACCCCUUCGCAGUCGACUCGUACCAGGGCCCCCAGGUCUCGCAAGGCCAAUAUGACCGCAUCAUGUCCUACAUCGACUCUGGCAAGUCCGAGGGCGCCACGCUGCACCUUGGCGGCCAGCGCCACGGCGACGAGGGCUACUGGAUCCAGCCGACGAUCUUCACGAACACGAAGCCGAACAUGAAGAUCGUGCAGGAGGAGAUCUUCGGGCCCGUCGGCGUGGUCAUCAAGUUCGAGGAUGAGGAAGAUGUCGUGCACCAGGCGAACGACUCGAUGUACGGCCUCGCCGCCGCCAUCUUCACCCAGGACAUCACGCGCGGGCUGCAGAUGGCGCACAAGCUGAAGGCGGGCACCGCUUGGAUCAACUGUGCGAACCAGCUUCACGCGGCGAUUCCGUUCGGUGGGUUCAAACAGUCGGGUGUCGGACGCGAGCUCGGCGAGUAUGCGCUUCUCCACUACACCUCGGUCAAGGCGGUCCACGUCAACCUCGGCCACAAGAUCUAA